UGCGCAGGCGCGUCGCUCAGGCGGCCCGGGCGGAGGGGCGGGGCUUGCUGGGCGUCUCUUCUUCCAACUGCAGCUUGUAGCAGCGCCAUUUUGAAAGUGCGGUUGCUGCGGGCGUGAGUCGGAGUGGGUAGGGCUGCCUACUCGCCUUUCUCGCCAUCACCUGACUUUUCUUACUUGGUUUCUAGAAAUAUACGUUGAGACGCAUACGUAUUAUAGACCUCGGCUUGUACCCAGUAACCCAGGCGAACUUCUUAAGAUGAUGUUAAGAGGAAACCUGAAACAAGUGCGCAUUGAGAAAAAUCCGGCCCGGCUUCGCGCCCUCGAGUCCGCGGCAGGAGAGAGCGAGCCGGCGGCCGCAGCGGCCAUGGCGCUCGCGCUGGCUGGGGAGCAGGCACAGCCCGCGCCCGCGCCCGCGGAGGACCACCCCGAUGAGGAGAUGGGGUUCACCAUCGACAUCAAGAGUUUCCUCAAGCCAGGCGAGAAGACGUACACACAGCGUUGCCGCCUCUUCGUGGGAAACCUGCCCACCGACAUCACCGAGGAGGACUUCAAGAGGCUCUUCGAGCGCUACGGCGAGCCCAGCGAGGUCUUCAUCAACCGGGACCGCGGCUUCGGCUUUAUCCGCCUGGAAUCCAGAACCCUGGCUGAGAUUGCAAAAGCAGAGCUGGACGGCACCAUUUUGAAGAGCAGACCUCUCCGAAUUCGUUUUGCCACACAUGGAGCAGCUUUAACUGUCAAGAACCUUUCUCCAGUUGUUUCCAAUGAGCUUCUAGAGCAAGCAUUUUCCCAGUUUGGCCCAGUCGAGAAAGCUGUUGUCGUAGUGGAUGAUCGUGGUAGAGCUACAGGAAAAGGUUUCGUAGAAUUUGCAGCAAAACCUCCUGCACGAAAGGCUCUAGAAAGAUGUGGUGAUGGGGCGUUCUUGCUAACAACGACACCUCGUCCAGUCAUUGUGGAGCCUAUGGAGCAAUUUGAUGAUGAAGAUGGCUUGCCAGAGAAGCUGAUGCAGAAAACGCAACAAUAUCAUAAGGAAAGAGAACAGCCACCACGUUUUGCUCAACCUGGGACAUUUGAAUUUGAGUAUGCAUCUCGAUGGAAGGCUCUUGAUGAAAUGGAAAAGCAGCAGCGAGAGCAGGUUGACAGAAACAUUAGAGAAGCCAAAGAGAAACUGGAGGCCGAGAUGGAAGCAGCGAGGCACGAGCACCAGCUAAUGCUCAUGAGGCAAGAUCUAAUGAGACGUCAAGAAGAACUGAGACGCUUGGAAGAACUCAGAAACCAAGAAUUACAAAAACGGAAACAAAUACAACUGAGACAUGAAGAGGAACAUCGUCGUCGUGAGGAAGAAAUGAUCCGACACAGAGAACAGGAGGAACUGAGGCGACAGCAAGAGGGCUUUAAACCAAACUAUAUGGAAAAUAGAGAACAGGAAAUGAGAAUGGGUGAUAUGGGUCCCCGUGGAGCAAUAAACAUGGGAGAUGCGUUUAGCCCAGCACCUGCUGGUAACCAAGGUCCUCCUCCAAUGAUGGGUAUGAAUAUGAACAACAGAGGAACUAUACCUGGCCCACCAAUGGGUCCUGGUCCUGCCAUGGGACCAGAAGGAGCUGCAAAUAUGGGAACUCCAAUGAUGCCAGAUAAUGGAGCAGUGGGUGUUAAACGAGAACACGGAUGAAACUACCUGAAGUCAAGCUUCCAGAAUAAUUCCAAGGAGUUUAAAGACCAGGAGUACUGGAAUCAUCCUUACAGGUCAGUCAGCAUCUGUUCAUAAUUUUCUUACAGCCACUCACAUAGUCAUUCUUCCUAAUUCCUAUUCCAUUUACUAUAGUGAGCAUAUGUAAUGGUCCCAGUGUCUUGAGUUAGUAGGAUAUUUAUGAGUAUAGCUGAAACUAUACUGUAGCUGAAAGCACUACAGUUCCAUUUGUCUUUGUAUAGAAAUCCCUAUCAUUGCUAACCAUCUUUGAGCAAGGUUGGUGGGAAGGAACUUUCGGCUCCAAAUCAUUGUUUUCUCAGUGGUAGUAGUAUGAAUAAUGAUCAUCUUUAGGUAAAAUUGGAUUAAGAGGAGAAAUGAUACAGGAAUUUUGGGAUAAGGAGAGGAAAAGAAAAGGUCUUACAAAGGGAACAGAUUCCCUAUUGGUUUUUAGUGACCCCAAGCCUAAAACUUUAGUCUUAACUAAUCUUCAGGAAAAAAAAAUCCUCAGAAUGAUGUAAAAAUCAGGUACAGGCUAGAGCUAGCUCCAUUUCUUCCUCUCUGCUUUCCACUCUUUAUUGUUCUAUCAGACAUUGUAAAAUUUUAUUGAAACAUUGUGUAAUCUUUAUGACAGAAUUCCAUUGGGUAUACAGUAGAUCCAGAAACUACUAUUUUAACUUGUAGAGGUUUUUUUCCUAAUUGUAUUAUCUGAUAAUAAACAUUAUUAUCUUAUUU